AUGAAUAGUGGGACCAAGAGCAGAAAAGGAGAGGCAGAGCUUCCCUCCAAACAACAUUCUAAUGACGCUCGCAGGCGCCGGCCUGCUUUGGAUGGGGUGGACGGGGUUCAACGGCGGCGCUCCUACGCCGCUAGCUCCCUCGCUUCUCUAGCCGCCCUUAACACGCAUGUGUGCGCCGCCACCAGCCUCCUUAUCUGGCUCUUCCUCGACACCUUCGUCUUCGGCAAGCCUUCUGUCCUUGGCGCCGUUCAGGGCGUGAUCACCGGCCUCGUCUGCAUCACUCCUGCUGCAGGAGUGGUGCAAUGCUGGGCAGCCAUGGUGAUGGGAUUAAUCUCAGGCAGCAUUCCAUGGUACACAAUGAUGGUCCUCCAAAACAAAAUAAAGUUCCUCCGGUACAUAGACGACACAAUGGGGAUGCUCCACACCCACGCCCUCGCUGGAAGCCUCGGCGGCGUUCUCGCUGGCGUUUUUGCUUCCCCAAAACUCAGCCGCCUCUUUUACGCUCUGCCACCCAACUCUCAAAAGUACAUCGGUCUUGCCUACGCCCUCCAAUCGGACCGAACCUCGGCCGGGUUUCGCCAACUUGGCCUCCAACUCGUAGGAAUCGCCUUCAUCGUCCUUCUCAACAUUUUAGUCACUUCAUUAAUCUGCUUGUUCGCAAAGCUGAUCGUCCCGCUUAGGGUGAGUGACGGCGAAUUAGAAGGCGGAGACGAUGAGAUUCACGGAGAGCAAGCGUACGCACUGUGGGCCGACGGGUGGAGGUACAACAAUUCCAAGCAUAACUCGGUCUAUGAGGCUCACGGGUGGAGGAAUUAUCAUAGUUCGAAGCAUAAUUCGGUUUAUGAUGCUCAUGAUUCAGAUUAUUGUGCUUCAUCGUUCUCCAAGUCUCCUCCUAGCUUAGUCCAAAUGAUUUAA